GGGUGGAGAGCUUUAUAGAGCACCAAGACGCUUGUAGCAUGGGCCGCAUCGGCCGGCCGGAAUCACAACCCCACGUUAAACCCACGGCUGCUCCCUGCAUAUCCCGCACCGCCUCAAGCGCAAGUCCAUCCAGCGACACCAAUCUCAGCGCCGCCGCAUCCUGCUGGCCCGGCCUCCUCAUGCCGUCAUCCCACAACAAUCCCGCGGGGACGACCACCGCUCCUAUGAACAUACUCGGCGCGUCGAGUAACAACUUUUACAACGCGCGUGAUAAACACAACCUGGAGCUUCAGCUCUUAACAACCGCAACCGCAACAGCGACAAUGUCGGGCUCCACUCCGACCCGUCGCGGGUUAUUGGACGUUCCCGCGACAUCAAAUGAAGGCGAGGAUGAUUCCACGCCAUCGCAACUAUUGCAGCUGUCGAUCGGUUCGUCAUCAUCAUCGUCAGACGCGGGAAGAUUGAGGGUGGCAAUGGCGGAGAAGGCGUAUGCCGAGGAGGCGAGGAAAGAGGCGAGGAGAGAGAUAGAGACGGCGGAGAGAGAGUUUGCUAAUGCAAAGAGGAUUAGGCAGCAAGCAAGGGAGGAUAUGGAGAAAGCUGUGGCAUUAAGGGAACAUGCCAUUCGCCAGAUUAACUCCACGCUCUCCCAAAUCACUUGUCGGGCUUGUAAACUCAAGCUUCAACCUGCCUCUCAACUAAACUAAUUAAUAAAUGAAAGAUAUCUCAUAAUGAACUUAUAAUAAAAUAAUUAUAUAUCACACAACCUAUAUAUAUUAACACAAAUAUUAUCUGUUCCUUUUUUUAUAUUUUUGGUUUUGUGAAUUUAUGUUGAAGCUUCAAUUCAAUUCACUCCACUGUUUGUAAUAUGCCUGCUUGAUCUAAAAUGUGCCUCCCAACCACUGUUGAUAGCGAGGGUAUUAAAUUAAUGUAUCAUUAGCUUGUCAAGAAUGAGCCAAUUCUUUAUCAAGGCUUAAUUGUAUUUGUAUCCAUGUAUUGAAUUAAAUCCAAUUAUUGUUUGGGCUGUUUUAUUGAGUUUUUUUCUUAAGUAAUGCUAACAAACAAAAUAUUUCCAUAAUUGAUGUUGGGUCAAAAUUAUUUCCCAAUCUACUGCUCCACAAACUCUAGUUAGCCCAUAGGAAGCCCGCGCAUGAAUACCGAAGGAGUUGUGAAAAGCAAUCACAAUUGGUAGAAGAGCAAUGGUGGGACCCAAUAAAAUAAAAAAUCUCAUUUUUCUUAAAAUUGCUAUAACUUUUAUAUUUAUUCUCCGAAUUUUCAAAACAAUAUAUCAUAAUUCAUAACUUUUUAUUAUCUUUCAUAUGACACCAAUAUUGUAUAUAUAAAAAAUAAAUAAUAAUUUAACACCUUAAAAAUUUCAUGUAUUUUAAAGUAUUAAAAAAAUAUUUGUACUCUGAUUGUUUUAAAACAUACUUUCUCCGCCCCCUAUAAUUAUUCCAUUUUUCCACUUUUGGAAGUUCCCCUAUU